GUUAAGCGUCAGUCCAACGCCUAUAGGUUCGCGUCGGGCGUGGAGUUCGUGGUGCCGGAGAUCAGGGAAUCAUUCAGUUGUGAGAACAGGGACUAUGGAUACUACACCGAUAUCGACAAUAAUUGUCAGGUGUUUCACGUGUGCGUCCCUCCGGCCCAACAAUUCAGCUUUUUCUGCCCAAACACCACAAUCUUUGACCAGAGAUUACUGGUCUGUCAGGACGAGUCGUUUGCCACUCCUUGUCGAGAAGCCGAAAGGUUUUAUGUGAUUAACCAGAACUUCGGUGUUACGGACCCCGAGAAGUUGAUCACAAUCUAAUCCACACGUAAAUCACAUUAUUUUUUAUAACAUUUCCCA